AUGAACUCGCUGAAGGCUUCAGGGAAGUCCAUCCUAACAAAGAUCAAGAACCUGAGGAAGACACUAAACAAGCUGCUAGAUGAGAUGGAGAAGAAGACAGUGAAAGAGAUGGACAGUGUCCUGGCUGAGCUGAAUGGAUCACUUCAGAAGGAUAUUGACCGGUGCAACAAUCUACAUGAUCAUAUGAAAGCCUUACUGGACACGAUCCCAGCCCGGGGUGAAGACAGCGAGUCCAGCUCCUACAUUGGCUACAGAAAAUGCCAGGACAAGAUUGCAGAGGUAAACAGUCUGCUCAAGCAGAUGUCGACCAGACCAGAGGCGACUAUUACAUUCAAGCUUAACACACAAGCUGAACAACUGCUGUCUGAACUGAAGACACUAGGAUACUUCGAGGGGUAUCCUGACACACAGAUUCCAAAAAAACCGGCUGGUGUGUCAUUACCUAGAGAGAUAAACAAGUUCUCUGAUAUAUCUACAGUUUUCGAGGUACAAGGAAAAAAGUAUUUCAGUACAAAAUUAAUUUCAGAUAAAAAGCCAUGUAGAAUUACUGGUAUUACAGAACUUCCAGGAGGAGAUAUUGUUCUUGUAGAUACUAGAAAUUGUAAAGUUAAGGUGCUAAACAGCAUGUCCAAGGUCACGACCCACUGUGAUCUCCCGGAGUAUCCAUGGGACAUCUGCCACAUCUCAAAAAAUAAAGUUGCCGUAACUGUUACCCGUGCAACUCCUGUCAGAUAUGAAGUACACUUCCUAACGGUGUCCACUAACAAAAUCAAGAUGACCAGAAAGUUCUCAGUUGACCAUUACUGUCGCUCCAUCAGGCACCAUCAGGGUCAGCUGUAUGUAAGCUCAUGCAAUACCCUGUACAUCUAUACCACAGCUGGCAGACUGGUAAACAAAAUACAUGAAGACAUGUCUUUGCCAAACACAGUGUGCAGCUUUGCCUUGAGUACAGAUGGAAGUAAGAUCUACAUAGCCAACCCCAUCUGCAAUAAACAGGAAAUUUGGUACUACAAACUCAUGCACUCCAAAAGCUAUAUUUUAAGUGGGGCGUCGGCGCGAGUGAAACAUUAA